ACUGGCAUUAUUUUGUCCCAAAUAUCCAGUCCUUUCCUUUUGUGCUUUGGCUUCUGGAUAAGAAGUAAAAGAAUCACUCUGAGGAAGUAGUGUGGAGAAAAGAAAUGGCCACCGUCUUAGCAUUUUCGGUUUGCGGAGCUAAAUCGCAUUCUCAAAUUCCCCAUUCUUCAUCUAUUGUUCUUCCCCAGUUGUUCCCAAUUCAAUUCCUUCGAUUUCGAAGGAACGGGGCCAUUCCCGUCGGCUAUUCUCACUCUCGGAGUUUGGUGAAAGCCAAGGCACCUUUGAGAAAUACUAGGAUAUGGUCCGCCACUGAGGAAGAAGGUGCCACUGCUGUUGUCGAUGAAGCAUCUGCUGCUCCGACAACUACCGUUGAUCAGACUGUUUCUGUUUCCGUCUCCCCUUCCGAUGUCCUCACCAUGUUCUUUCAGGCAGAAGGAACAAUGAAUGAAGCAGCUGUUCCUAAUGUGACUAAGGCUUUAGAGGAGAUAGAAGGCAUCACAGAUCUCAAAGUUCAAGUUGUUGAGGGAAUUGCAAGCGUGGAGUUAACAAAGCAAACGACAAUACAAGCUACAGGGGUGUCUUCCAGUUUGGUUGAAACUAUACAAGGUUCAGGCUUCAAGUUGCAAACAUUGAAUCUCAGCUUUCAGGAUGAAGAAGAUAUUAGCUAAAGGGUGGCUACGAACACUUGUUUUGGAGUUCAGAGACGAUGAUGAGAUGAUAUCUUUCAGGAACGUCUUAAGAGAUUUCUAUUCCCCUAUUGCGAUGCAAGUAGUUCAGUAGGCCUAUUUCUGUAACAUUUUUUGGGAUUAUGCAUAUAGAGAACUAUAUAAUUUCCUUUUUAGCUAUGUUGUUAUUUCAGGAUCUUGGUGUUAUCGCUUAAGCUUCUAUCUGCAUUUUAGUUA